AUGAAGCGCUCUUUACAGCUGUUAAAGACAGCGCUGCGGGCGCAGCAGCAGCAAAGAAAAACUAAAAAGGGAAGGAAGCAGCAGCAGUCAGAGCAGCAAAACGUGCAAAACGGACAGCAACUGCGGGACUCUCAACAGGAUCAACUGCAGCGGAAAAAGUUGCAUCAGACGGAGAAGGAAUCAGAGCACUCCUCAGAUGCCAACGAUAAGACUUCCAAAGUUCCUCUGGUCCUUUUUGUCGGCAAUUUGCCGCUUUCAGUCUCCGCACAGGAAGUGAAGGAGUUCUUUGGGCGUAAAUUGCAACUUUUCAUAAAAGACGUUCGCUUGCUGACGGAAAAGGAUACAGGGGCGUCAAAGGGCUGCGGAUUCGUGGAGUUCACAAAUAAAGAAGCAUUGCAAAUCGCACUGAAUUAUGACGGAAGAACCCUUAGCGAUCGGAAAAUCAGAGUGGAGCUAACGGCUGGCGGGCGGCAAAUCGAAGAACCGAGCAGAAAAAAUAAAAAGGAAAAACCAAGAUAUGAGAAAACGCAGGGCAGCACUGUUGAGGAAGAAGAAAGAGAAAACGAAGGAAAAGAUAGAAGAAAAGACGGGAGGCUCCGCCGCUGCCCCGUCGGUGACACGAAAGCCUAA